AUGCUCCCUUCAAAAUUAUUCCACUCAAGAUGGGCCAUCGAACAAGAGUCAGAAGUCAGGAAUUUCGCCAAACUAGCUUUCAUAUCACCGCUAGUUAAAGAGGAUGAUCUCCUCCUUAGAAAUCAUAUUGGUAUCCCUGACAUUCAGGCACUAAUGGCCCCUGAAAUUGAUCCAGCACUGUUAUCCAUUACAGGAAGCAGUGUCUCUGCGGAUCGCAUGGAUCAGACAUUUCGCAAUGUACAAUUUAAAAUUGCAGAUGCUGUUGGUCCCCUUCUGCUUAUGUUAUAUAAGGCAGAGAAGGAGGCAUCCUCUCAUAACCCUUCCCUACCAGCUUUACUGGCUUCUAAAAUGGCACUUCUAAAAGCUUCCAGCAGAGCGGUGCUUAUUAUCGGUCAAUCCUUCAAUUAUAUUUCCAAUAUUCGCAAAACCCGCUGGCUGCUUGCAGCAGGGAUGUCUGAUUUGGCACCUAAAUCACAUGAAUUCCCUAAUUUUGAAAACGCCUUUCUAUUUGGCCCCUCUUUUAUACAAGAGGUGAAAGGACGAUAA